GCUUUCAGUAGCUGGGAGACCACGACAAGUACCACAGUAGCAGGAGCAACAAAAUUAUUUAAACAUUUCAGUGAAAAAAACAAAGUUCAGAAAUUGUGGAACGAUUCUUCAGACAAACGGAGACCGAAAAGUAACAGAGUCGACAUCAGGUCUGGCCCAGUCUUUGGUCUGUACUUGACGCGUUAAAAUACCUACUUACUCUCGCCGUGUAAAACGCUAACAUUACUAAUAAUUUCGUCUUGAAUGUAGGUGGUCGUUUCCUAAUUUAAGUUCGUUUUGUUUGCUCACGCGGCAUACAGAAGCUGAGAGCCCGCUGCUUUCCGAUUUUUCGUACUUUACUUGUGGUUAGUGUGCUAUGCACUUGACAAGUGCAAGUGAUAGUGUUUUGUUUCCUUCCUGCUCAAUCGGCUCAACUUUUGGGAUAUCGCCCGCUGAGGGAUUUGCGAUGUAGUGUUAUUGACGGUACUGCGAUUCAACGUUCACUUCAAGAAACGUCUUUUCAACUAAAAAAGAUAAUCAUCAUCGAGUUACCUGUUGCAUCUUACGCCAAUGGUAGAAAGCAUCCUGGCUGACUAAAAUGAAUUUAAGUAACAGUUUCUGGCUGGUGGUUCUGGCCGUCCUCGAAUGCUGUUGGAGGACAGACUCAUCGAACGUUCCCAAAGAAGUUAAAGACCAAGUAGAAAGCAAUUUGUUAUCGUUAUUCGGCUUCAAAGGUCGGCCGAAAGUUGACAAAUCGAAAGUGGUAAUACCCCAGGCGAUGAUCGAGUUGUACGAGAGGCAGAUGGGGUUUCCCUUGGACACGACGUCCAUUCCCAAAAAGGGGUGGCAUACGAAGAAUGCGAAUACCAUUCGAAGUUUUACACAUGUCGAAAGUCCGGUGGACCUGAGGUUUAGCAGCCACCACAAGUUUCGUCUAAAAUUUGAUCUGCUGUCAGUGCCGAAAGAAGAGCAAAUCAAAGCUGCAGAAUUAACCCUAAGUCGACAGAAAAUAAAGUGGUUGACGGAAGGAUCCGACGAAAAAGACUACUUUCAAAGGAUCCUCGUCAGUGACAUCACCCAACGAGGGAUCAAAGGCAAGAGAAGUCCCAUAACUAGGGUGAUAGACAGUAUUUUGGUAGACACGAGGAAAAAUAGUACCGUGAGUCUAGAUGUUUUUCCAGCAGUGGAACGAUGGCUACAGGAUCCAAAGGGAAACCAUGGUCUUCUAAUAUCAAUACGAGGAGCAGGAAAAAACAAAGCCAAACUACACCACCAUAUUCGCUUGCGCAGAAGCGUGCAUGACGACGAAAGUAGCUGGAAUAACCUCCAGCCUCUUCUUCUUGCUUACACAGACGACGGCAAAAGCAGAUCCAGACGCGGUGCGGAGCUGGCGCAAAUCAAAAGAAGAAGGAGGAAUUCCAAGAAGCACAUCAGAUCCAAAAAUGAGAAGAGGUAUCCCUGCAACAGACAUCAGAUGUAUGUAGACUUCCGGGACGUUGGCUGGAGCGACUGGAUCGUCGCUCCUCCUGGCUACGAUGCUUACUACUGCCAGGGCGAAUGCAAUUUUCCCAUAGCUUCGCAUCUGAACACGACGAAUCACGCGAUAAUUCAGACGCUUAUGAACUCAGUGAAUCCCAUGAAGGUUCCGAAGUCUUGUUGCGUCCCCACGCAUCUUAAUCCCAUUUCGAUGCUUUAUCUUGACGAAGACGAGAAGGUAGUUUUAAAAAACUAUAAGGAAAUGGUUGUAGUGGGGUGUGGCUGCCGGUAGUCGAUUUGUUGUGACAUAUUUUCCGUAACCGCGUCUGUGAUCAUUUUGAACUUUUGAGGCUACCGUCUUGCACGAAACAGUUGUUAUCCCAGUGAAAUGUUUUAGAUACCCAUGUUUUGCGAGGAAAUGGCAAAUUCUUAUAUCAAAAUGUUGUCAAAUCAAAAUAGGUUUAUUUAUCUCAAGCUACCUUCUAUUCACUUAUGUAUGCUGUAGUUAAAAAGUAAACAUUUCUUCUUAAAACUUGUAACAUUAUAAACGUCAAGUCUUUGUUAUUUUAUUGUCAAAUAAUUAUUUUAUUCUAAUUCCUACACAUUACUAGAGCAUUAGACUCUUAAUCUCAUGGUCGUGGGUUCGGCUCCACGUUGGGCGCCAUUUGUGUAACGCUAAACUACCACAGAAAAUUGAAAUACUAUUGCAAAAUAAUAUUUUAAUAAAUUAUGAUAGUUAUCGUUUACGCUAGCCCAGCUCAAUCUGUCAAGUUGUGAGUACGUCUUGUCUUAAUCAAAAAUCUGAACGUUGAAGAUUUAGAUGGAGGAAAAUUAAACAAUAAGUUAACUAAUCAUUUAUUUUUAUUUUUAUUUAUUUUUCAUUAAAGACAUAAUAAAAUAUGAUAUAUUUAUAAAAUUCAAUGCAGUCUUGCCAAAAGCUAGGAGUUAAAGUUUAUACUUACAAAAGUGAAAAUAAUCGGUUCAUCAGUCAUUUCAUUAUACUUACGGCAUUUUGUAUCUAUCGGUACAAAAAAAGAUGUGACGUUAAUAACGUUACAGACUACAGACUUCAACAAAUUAAUGGAUGUUAUAAAUUAAUCAUUUUAUCAUUACCAAAACCAUCUAAAUUUUAUCGUUUCCAGUAAGAGCUACUACACAGACAUUGAUACUGUGCAAUAAUAUGCCAAAGUUAAAGAAGCUGCAGGCUUAUACAAGCCUAGAGCUAGAAGAGUUUAAUGUUUGACAGAUAACCAAGACAGACAACUAUUAAGUGUGAAAGAAAACUACACACGGAAGAAAUAAGUGGAAGUAACUUUCGUCGAUGAAAGGCAGGAUACCAUUGAAGACACGGAAUGUCAAACAGGACCACUGAUUAUCAUUGAAGAAUUCACGUCAGCUAUUAAAAAACUAAAGAUGUUAGAGCUAUAAGACCUGUCAAGUUUUGUGCAGAAUUCCUAAGCUUUAUGGAUAAACACAAUAAUUAAGAAACUAUUUUUGUAAACGUUCUAUACACACACCGAAGAAGACGUGAAUACCGUUCAACAAUCUGAAAACAGUGUUCAGAUAAAAACCAGGAUGUAAAUUGACUACUGAUUAUUAUUUGUCUUCAUCAGAUCAUUUGGAAGUUAUUAGUCAGAACGUUGAAAAUUUAAAUAUAUAGUUAAGGUACUUGAUGUUUUUGUUAAUUUUUGAUAGAAGACUUUGCCCAUAACUUGCAUUAUUGCGCAUUUAGGGUUAAACCUAUCUUUGUAAAAAAUGCGUUGACUAUUUUCUAUUGUUCAUCUGUGAUUGUAAUUUUAGUUUUUGUUUUUGUAAGAUUUGUAAUAUUCUGUAGUCUAACUAAUGUACAGUUGUUUUAGACUAUCGAAAAAGUCCACAGUAGAGAAGAUUUUAAAAGACUUUAAAUUAAAUUGUCACCAUUUUUAUGUUUAAUAUAUUUUAUUGACAAGUGUAACAUAAAAUACACACAGAUUUUUUAGACUGAGAAUAGCUUGCUGUAAGGAUAGAUCUCAUAUUAAGUCAUUUUUUUUUAUGUAGACAAUGGUAGAGCUGACAGCUUAUCCUAGAAAAGAAAAAUGAAAAUUUUGAAAAGUGGUGAUAUAUUUCUAUACAAGGUCUCCUUGUGGCUCUAUAAACUCUACCCAUCGAUCCUUGAACUUCUUUAGCUCGUCUAAAAAAUAAGUUUUCUAGAGAUCUACAAAAUUACCCGCUUGGCGACGUUCACCCCCUCAUUCUACUCAAAUUUCUUCUCGGUCAGUGACUUUUUCAAGUUUAGAAACAAAAAGAAGUCACACGAGUCCAAAUCUGGAGAAUAAGGUGGAUGGGGCAGCAGUUUGUAGCACAAUUUGACCAAUUUGACCAUAAUGAUGGUGGAUACGUGAGCCGGUUGUCAAGGUGGGAGAAUAUUUUCUUCUUCGAUAAAUGGGGCCUUUUUGUGCGUCGAAUCGAUCCAAUAAUUAAGCCUCAUAGAGCUCUGAAGUCAUUUUUCCCUUUUGACCUAUGAAGUCUUUUGAGAUGCUUACUGUCUCAGUUAUCUCGGGCAUCCUCAAUCGGUGGUCUGCCAAUACGAGAUCGUGGAUUGUUGUCACGUUAUCCUCAAUGGUAGCCGUUUUUAGGGCUCCUGAGCGUGGCUCAUCAAAACCGAGGUGGAACGUAGAACCACGUUGAAAUUCGUUGAGAAUUUAAGUUUGGAUCCUUUCUAUGGCCGUUGAUGCGCUAGUCAGUAUACACACGCACGCCAAGCAGAAAGAACAAUUACUACUUGUUCUUGGUUAUAGGUGGACGGAUGGAGCCAACAAUCAAUACAUGGUCUCAGCGGCAGGACGGUUUGGUCUUAAAUUCAAAUUUUAAGACCUGAUUUGGGAGCUGCUACUAAAUCAAUACUGUAGCAGAAGCGAUUGGCAUUCAAUAAAUACUCUAGGGACAAUGGAGUUGUUACCAGAUCAACAGUCCGGCAGUACUCUCCUCAUUGUUAUAAGGUUUGUUCCAACAUGAACUUUUGGACGGCCCAGAAACCAUCACGAAACUACUUGUACCGUUUGUUGUGCGCAUGUUCGUAAUUGUAUCGCCCAGUUAUCGUCCCAUGACGGUAAUCAUAUAUUUGUCAUUUUUGUUGGUGUCAGCUUGUGUGCUUUUAGUCGAUCAAAGGCUCAAAAAAUUUAAAGAAUUAAAUCCUAGUGCUCAAGUCAGUCCAACCAGCACAUUAUGCAUUUGCCCGAUUACUGAAAUGAUCAUCACGAAACCGUCACCGAAAGAUCACAAUUCUUGUUGGAACAGUGGGAAGGACGAUCCGAUGACGAUCAUAUUUUUGUUGGAACGGAUUUUCUUUACUGCGCAGGAGCGUUACCUCGAGGUUAGCUAUAGCUAACCUCGUUUUAUAUCGUUGCCGGUGAUCCAUCUCCUAGCACGAUAGAAAGUAAGAUGGGAAUGAAAACUGUAUUUAAUAUUAUGUUUAAAUUAAUUUUUGUAUUUUCGCAUUUUCAUAUUGCAAGAUCAAAAUCUGUGUCAUUUUAUUUAUAUCUAUUAAUGUAAACCAUUAAAUCUUUUUCGAGAUAAAGUCUAAUCGAGUGUUUUGGCAGCUAUAUUACAUAAUCUUGACGUCUAAAACGACUGUACAUACAUACACCAAAUUCCACGGGCCCCUUUUUUGUUAACCAAGAGAUUUAUAUCUUACAAGAAAUAUAUCGGGGGCCGUGAAAUUGUUUUUUUUUUUUGUAACAUGUAACGUGAAGUGUACAGGGCAAAAUCUACUGAAAUUUAAACUCGUGGUACAGGUAAAUGGGGUGGUUAAUGAACGUACUUUUGGACUGUUCCCUGUAUACUUCGAAGCAAUGCAAAAGAGUCAAAUGUAAUAUAUUAGUACCUGGAUAAGGAUAUUUAUUGAAUAUUUUAUAAAAAGAAUGUGCAUAUUGUACAGAAUUUGAUGUUCGGUCGAAGAAAACGGAGUGUUUGCUAGAAUGUUGUUUGGAAACAACAGAGUUUUUUUAGUAAAUUUUAAUAUUUCCCUUUCAGAUUUCAAUGUAAAACUCUAAAUGUGUCUGUGUCGAAAUUUUUUAUUAUUUUGGUACAGUUAAUCGCUGAUUCCAAUGCAUAAUAUGUAGAAAAAAUUUAAUGUACAAAUAAAAAUUGAUCCUAUCAUUCUAUCUAGCAUGUCCCAUAAGUGAAAAUAUGAGCCGUGUCUAUGUAAACAGGCAGCUGGUCUGCCUAAUACAAGAAUGGUUACUCUUAUCAUCUGCAAAAGUCAUUAGUUUUUGGUGAUUUAUUUAAGAUUUGAUUAUAAUCUAGCAAUCCAUAUUAGGGCAUCAUGCGACAAACCCAAGAGAACAGGCAAAAUAUAGAAGAGAUUACCAAAAAUACAUAGAUCAAAAUGAAGGGAUUUUUGUUAUUAAUUUUCGUAUGAUUUGGUAUUGUUUGAAUGACAUGACAAUGACAAUUCAAUCCAUGACAAUUUCUUGACCGUUCCAACGAUCUUCUUUUCUCAUUUAAAGUGCACAAACUUUUGAACCAGUUGUUAUUAUACAUUGAGGACGUUUGAGUUGGAAUAAAUUAAUUUUCUCGAGAAUGGGCGACUCUGUAAGUAAAUCCCGAAACAGGUCGAUUUUUAUUUUAAAAUUAUAAUUUUUUGGCAUAUAUAUCAUACUAGUGAUGUCAUCCAACUGGGCGUGAUGAAGUACAUAAUCGAUGUUUUUUUAAAUGAGAAUAGGGGUCGUGUGAUAGCUCAUUCGAAAAGUUAUUUAAUUCUCAAUUCCCUAAUAUAAAUUUUAACAUAAAUAUUUAUACAGGAUGCCCAAAAAUUUUUUUUAAUUAAAUUAUUUGAGACAAAAAGAAGAAUGUAAUGUAAUUUAUUUAAUGCAAAAUACAUUUUACUGCUGUCAGAAAACAGAAAAAAUGGUAGUUUGAAAAAUAAACGAUAUUUAUUUAUCAAAUAAACAUUUUUUCCUGUUUUCGGACAACAGUAAAAUGUAUUUCGAAUUAAAUAAAUUAUAUAGAUUCUUCUUUUUGUGUGUCAAUUAAUUUAAUUUAAAAAAAAUUAGGCAACCUGUAUAAAUAAUUAUGUUAAUGUUUAUAUUAGUGACUAGAGCAUUGAAUAACCUUUCGAAUGAGCUAUCACACGACCCCUAUUCUCAUUUAAAAAAAUCAUCGAUUACGUCAUCACGCCCAGAUGUAUCAAGUCACUACUAUGAUAUAUAUGCCAAAAAAUUAUAAUUUAAACAUAAAAAUCGACCUCUUUCGUUAUUUAUCUCCAGAGUCGCCCAUUCUCGAGAAAAUGAAUUUAUUUCAACUCAAACGUCCUCGCUGUAUAUUUUUCCAUAGACAUAUUUGUUUGAACUUUUUGUUCUUCGUUUUUAUAGUUUUUAUCCUAAAGUCUUUCUCAGUUUCUUGUUUUCUUUUUGUAAUUUCGUAUUGCUUUUUCCUUUUUUUUAGAAAAAAAAAAUAAUGCUUUUCUACAUUACCUUAGUUCUAUAAUCUAACAGUUUAAAAACAAAAACUUUGGCGUUAAUUUUCGCAGAUAUCUUCAGAACCUGCUAACUAUUCAACAAUUUGUCAAGUAUUAAAUUCUUCUUUUUGAUUAAAUAUAAAUAUGGAUAAACAUUUAACACAGACACACGGAAGCUUUAAGAAGUGGAAUUUUAAAAAGCAUUCUCAAAAAAAUAAAAUAAACGUUUUAUAAAUGUUUAAAAGACAUUAACUUUUUUAGAAUGUGUUCUAGCCUAUGCUCCGAUUUUUUUGAUCGAAUGGUAACCCCAUAUUGUAAAUGAAACGAGCAAACACUUAUUUGUAAAAUUAUGUAAGCUUUUGUACAAAUUGUAUAUAUUAAAAUAUUUUAUUAUGAA